AUGACAGCCGCUGUUUCAGGUUGCGUGACAUUGUGGCAGUGCAGGACACCUCAGCACCAAAGUGACUUACAGUAGCUAUAUGUCUGAGCUCGGGGACGGAGACAGGUGAAAGGGGGGAGGGUCGCUGGCUGAGAUGUGCCCCGGCUUCUGGUUUUUACGCGGUGUAGGAGCGCUGCUCAUGGUUCUGUUUCCUGGGAGCUCUGUCCAGUCCAGUCUCAUGUCAGCUCCGUGGGUUUGCGUUGGCUUCAGUGUCUCAGCCUGUGAGCGGAAUUUAGCCUGAUCAGCUGAGGGUAGGACUGACGCUCCUCACAUUAAGAUACUUUCUUUACACCGACAGGAUCCUGGAGGAAUGUGUUAACGUGCCUUUAUAAGUAGGCCUGCUCCACCUGUCUGCUCAAUCUGGGACGCUGCUUCUUCUUACGUCAAAGUGCCAAACUUGAAGUUUACAGGCGACUUUUCCUGCGCAUGAUGUACACAAUUACAAGAGGUCCCAGCAAACUGGUCACCCAGCGACGCACAGGGCCCACACAGCAGCUGGACAACAAAAUAAACGACUUCAAGCACAAACAAACGUCCUGGAGUCUGCCUAACCUUCCUGCACCUAAGAUAGUUUUCAACCGCCUGAAUGGUAAAAAGUAUCAUCAUCCCGCUCCGGCUCUCCCUGCAGACAACCAUCAGGAAGAGACUUUCACCGCUGCACAUGAGGAAAACGUCAAGUUUGUCUACGACGCCUGGGAGGAGGUGGUGCAGCAGGAGCAGAGGCCCAGCCAGGGGUCAGAGGAAGCCCAGGGAGCAGUCCACUAUAAAGAGACCACUCCCAGCCCACACAUGGACAGCGGUCAGGAGGUGAGACCUGAAGCAGAACGGCUCACUGAAGAGAGGAUACCUGGGAGCAGCAGGUGUGAUGGGUCAAAGUGCCCUGAAGUGAUUCAAAGGGAUGGACAGCGCUGGGACGCUGACAUAGAAACCACAGAGAAUCACCUCACUUGAACUCUAAGCCUUUUAACCCCAACCCAUCCAACACUAAACAGUCAGUCUGACACAGAUGGCACACAGAAGGACAAUGUCUUGAAGUUGAGGUUUUCUCAUCUUGCCACCCUGACAACAGAGAUGUCAUAAUGCAGUAAAAUUGUCUUUUCAAGAAUUCUCUACAUUGGCAUGUUUUUUUAUUGUCACAAGAAUGGAUCCAUAAUUGUGUGUUUUGAUGCAAAGCCACCAGUAACAGCUCCAUAAAUGCAUAUACAGUAUUUUGAAUCAAAUUUACAUUGGGUAAUAAUAUAUUCCUAACAAGUUCCAUUUGUAUUAUGCACCUACUACAGGUAGGUACAUAAUACAAAUGGAACCUGAUAAGGAUCCACAUUUGACCACUGACGGUUAACAAGUUGCAUUUGCAAGUAGUAUUGCAAGGUAUUCAGCUCCUAUUUAAAAAAAAAAAAAAAA